UAUCAUGAUACACAAUUGGGUGAAAAAGUUUGUCGAACACUUCUAAAAACUAUUUGUAUUACUAUCGGUAUUAAUAUAAAGGAUCAUGAUAUCGUUAACCAUUCUGGUAGAUCUACGCCUAUUACAUUCUUAUUUCAGAAGGGAGUUCCUACAGUUACGACUAUGGCAUUAACUGGGCAUAAAAGUGAAUCAUCAUAUCGCAUUUAUGCCCACCUAUCUGAAAAACAAAAAGAAGAUGCACUUUCACUACUAAUUAACAAUGUUGGAAAGUUGCCACCUUCAAGUAAUUUAAAUAAUUUAAAAACUUCGAAUAACUUAGAAGUCUUAAAUGAAUUGGAAGACUCAAGUGAAUUAGAAGCCUCAAAUGAAUCGGAAGCCUCAAAUGAAUCAGAAGCCUCAAAUACUGCAGAAGUUUCAAGUAAAUUAAGAUCAUCACCAAAACAAAGUUCAAGUUGUCCUGUCUACUCAAUAUCAUCAACAGCCUCAUCGCCCAAAGCUUCUGUUUUUAGACAAUUUCGUGCACCGUUUCAGAAUUCAUCCAAAAUAAACUUACCACUACACUCAAAUGCAUAUAAAAAAAAUCCUACACUUGGUGGUCGACGAGUUCUUCAUAAAACUUUCAAGAUGGAUAAUUCUGAAGGGCAAGAAACAACUGGUAAAACUACAAUCAUCAAAAAUUACUAUAUUACAGCUGAAAAUGUUACUAUUAACUAG